UUGGAUUCGGCAUAUGAACAUAAAUUAUGCCUAAUUUAAAAAGGCUUAAACUGUGUAUUUUAACACUGUGCUGUUUUACCGGUUAUUACAAUAUAAAGGUUAACCGUUUUUUUGUGCGCCCACACUUCAGUGAGCUGUUUUGAGUCCAGAGUUGACGAUUUUUUAGUGAAGUGAAAAUGCAGCCACAACAACAGGAGUCCGUGUCUAAAGAAGCCGACGCUGACACAGGACACAGUUUGCAAGGCAGUGAUGCGGAUUCCCUGAAAGAAACUGGAAAGUCGCGAAUGCUGAUGGAAGGAAGAGUAGCAGACGUUACCCCUGAAAAAGCUGUUUCCUUUGCUAACGGAGACACAGAUGGAAAUAUUCCCCACAAUGAACAAAAUAAUGAAGCCCAGCAACCAACAAAAAAAGAAAAGGACUUUGGUCCAAGAAUGACCAAGAAAUUCCUGAGAGACCAUUGCAAACAACAGAAACUGUACGUGACACCUUACCUGAAUGAUACACUCUACCUGCACUAUAAAGGUUUUGUCACCAUUGAAAAUCUGGAGGAGUAUACAGGUUUGAAGUGCCUGUGGUUAGAAUGCAAUGGCCUGCAGAAAAUCGAGAACCUGGAAGCACAGACUGAGAUGCGCUGCCUCUUCAUGCAUCAAAACCUGAUUCAGAAACUGGAAAACCUUGAGCUGCUUCAAAAACUGGAUUCACUCAACCUCAACAAUAACUACAUUAAGACUAUUGAAAACCUCUCCUGCCUUAAAGACUUGAGUACUCUGCAGCUGGCCCACAAUAAGGUACAGACUGUCCAGGAUAUUGAGCAUUUAAAGGACUGCCCAAGCAUUAGCAUUCUUGAUCUCUCUCACAACAAACUGGAUGAUCCAGACAUCCUUUAUGUCUUUGAGGCCAUGCCUAACCUGCGAGUGUUGAAUCUAAUGGGUAAUGAAGUGAUUAAGAAAAUCUCCAACUACAGGAAAAUUUAUAUAGUCCGUCUGAAAAAGCUGACAUACCUGGAUGACAGGCCUGUGUUUCCAAAAGACAGAGCCUGUGCUGAAGCGUGGACCGUAGGAGGCUGGGAUGCAGAGAAAGAGGAGCGGCAACUGUGGGAGACAAGAGAAAGAAGGAAGAUCCAGGACAGCAUUGACGCUCUGUCCAAAAUCAGGAAGAAAGCAGAGGAGAAGAAGAGGCACAAGGAAAUGAAGGAAAACGAUGAAGGUGUUUUCUCAGAGAAUGGUGUUGGACAAAAUGUGGAUAUUCCUGGUGAAUCUGCUGACCCUGAAAUGGCCGGAACAGCCAAACAAGACCUCCAGGAAAGCUCAGAAAGAGGGAAAGAGCAGCUCGCAUCAACAGAUUCAGAUUGUAAUGCUGAUAAAGAUGAAGAAAUACCAUCAGCAAUCCAUGUGGCAGAGAAACAAACCAACAGUAUGGCUACAUGUGGUGCCCUGGUAACAGAGCUGGAAAACAGUGAGACAAUCGAGACCAUCGACCUGGAGAAUCACGAAAAGAUUUAUAUUGCUGAUCUGCCAGACUUGGAAGAAGUAGAAAUAUCUGAAACUGAAGACAUAUUAACUUCACAGCCAGUGUAUCGACCAAAAAUAGAGGUGAUUUCUGCAGCGAGCUAUGAAAGUGACUCUGACUUGGAAGAUGUUGAAAAGUUGCCAGCAGGGAAAAAUUUAAUAGAAGAGAUUGAAACUACGGCGGCUAAUCCAGAACCAGAUUUGUUUAUCAGAAGCUCAGAAAGACAGAAGCUGUUAAAAAAAAAUAAAAAAUCUAUGACCAUACAGGAGAUCUUGCUGGAACCUGUCAGUAAUAAUGCAGAGACAGUGGCAGCAGACGGCUUGCAAGCACCACUAAUCCAGGAGGUACUAGAAUGCUUGGAUACAUCAGACAUGAAUGAGCCUGAUAAACCAACCACAUGUCUAAUAGAAGAGUUAGAUUAGGGAGAGGAGACGACCCCACGAUCACCAGGCAACGUGAUCACAGAAAGCAUGCACUGCGCUCACGUGAUAAUAGGAUUCCAAUUUAAAUGGCUCCUUAACAAAUGAAUGUAGUAUAUUAUUAUUGCCAAUGAAUUUGCUGCAUUGUAUUGUAUCAUCUAUAUAAUCAAUUCAAUAUAGUUGAAUUGCAUGGCUGACCAUUUUAUGAUGGCUUACCAGUGUCAUUAGCCGUGGCCUAUUUCACCCUUUAAAAUACUUAAAGUACUUUUCAUAUCAGUUGGGGGAAUAGCACGCUGCAAUUAUUAGUCAUUUGUUUUAUUUUUUUUUAAUGAAAAAAAAUGCUUAUGUUUAAAUAUUUCAUUGUCACAGUUCAAAAAUAAAGCUGUUUUUGUAACAAUCAGUUACAAUAUGAAAAUAUUUGCUUUCAGAUUUGACAUUUACAUUUAUCAGACAUUUAUGUAUUCUACACAAACUUGUUAGUUUCUUGUUACAGCCUGCAAUUUCAAUACCAUUGAACUUUAAAAUAAAUAGGAUUAUAGAGGUAAUAAUCAUUAAAGAAUGUUGAAUUAUCUAUCCAUAACAAUUUACACAUUGCCUAUCUUUGCUGUUCAUGGUAGUCUUCCACACUUU